AUGUUCUUCCAUUGUUCAGUCCUUCAUUUAUUUUUGAUUUUGUUCUUUCAUUCUUUCUUUCUUUAUUCAUUAAACUUCCUCUGUGUCCUUUUUUUCAGGCCUUCAUUCAUUCUUUCUUUUUUUAUUUCAUUAAACUUCCUCGGCUCUCUUUUUAUUUUCAGUCCUUCAUUCAUUCUUGAUUUCAUUCUUUUUUUAUUUAUUUUUGUAUCUUCUUUCUUUUUUCAGUUUUUUAAAUUCCGCGUUCCAUUUUUCAGUCCUUCAUUCGUUCUUGAUUUCAGUCUUUCUUUUUUUUAUUUUAUUAACUUCCUCGGCUAUCUUCCUAUUUUCAGUCCUUCAUUCAAUCUUCAUUUCAGUCUUUCUUUUUUUUAUUUUAUUAACUUCCUCGGCUAUCUUCCUAUUUUCAGUCCUUCAUUCAUUCUUCAUUUCAGUCUUUCUUAUUUUUAUUUUAUUAACUUCCUCGGCUAUCUUCCUAUUUUAAGUCCUUCAUUCAUUCUUCAUUUCAGUCUUUCUUUUUUUUAUUUUAUUAACUUCCUCGGCUAUCUUCCUAUUUUCAGUCCUUCAUUCAUUCUUCAUUUCAGUCUUUCUUUUUUUUAUUUUAUUAACUUCCUCGGCUAUCUUCCUAUUUUCAGUCCUUCAUUCAUUCUUCAUUUCAGUCUUUCUUUUUUUUAUUUUAUUAACUUCCUCGGCUAUCUUCCUAUUUUCAGUCCUUCAUUCAUUCUUCAUUUCAGUCUUCAUUCAUUCUUGAUUUCAUUCCUUGAUUCUCUCUUUUUUAUUUCUUUAACUUCCCCUGUCUUCGUCCAUUUUUCAGUUCUUCAUUCAUUCUUGAUUUCAUUUUUCAUUCUUUUUUAUUUCUUUAAACAAUGUGCCCGGCCUCGAUUUUCAUUCUUUCAUUCUGUCUUUUUUAUUUCUUUAGUUUCCUCGAUGUUCUUCCUCAUAUUCUUAAAUUCUUCGAUUCAUUUCCUUCUUACAUUCAUUAUAUCUUUCUUUUUUUAUUUCCUUCUUUCUUUUCAUUUUCUCGACACGAUCUCUUUUUUUUUUUGUCUCCCUCUUUCUUCCAUAACAUCCAAUAUUAUAUAUUUAAUUUUCCGUUUCCGGAUCUAUAUUUGGUUGUCUAUAAAAUCAAAAACUGUUAGUCUCUUCAUAUCUAUCUAUCUAUCUAUCUAUCUAUCUAUCUAUCUAUCUAUCUAUCUAUCUAUCGUCUCUUCAUAUCUAUCUAUCUAUCUAUCUAUCGUCUCUUCAUAUCUAUCUAUCUAUCUAUCUAUCUAUCUAUCGUCUCUUCAUAUCUAUCUAUCUAUCUAUCUAUAG